AGACUAGGAGAGGCAAGUGUUCUGGCAUUUGGAAAAUCAAUACCAGAAACAAGAUAGCCUUGCAUAUGCUACUCCUGACCACAACAACAUGUGCAAUCUAAUUUAUUCAGUGUGACGACGAAUCUAUUCAAGAAAGUGUAGGGACAAAACGCUAGCCGUUGUUCUUCAAGGCGACAUCCUUGCUCCGCAGACAUCCUCGAGGUGAAGCGCAAGGUUCAUGGUCUAUCGUUGCUCCAGGAGGGUUUUUCUUCUUCCGUUGAUCGUCUCACAUUUCUUCACGGCAUGACUGGGACUAAAAGUCCUAUACUGACCACGAUGACGAUGCCUCUCUUGGCGGUGGGAUUUUUAUUGUCGAGUGUUUGCAUUUCUUUGAGCCAGGGCCAAUCCUCGAGAGAAUGCGCGCUUAUCAUUUCGGCUCCUGCCGCCAAAUCGUCAAGAUUUGAUCAAGCCAAUCACGCCUUUGGAGGUCCUCCCCCUCCUCAGGAGUUGGUGACAACAUGCAUCACUUUUGAUGCUGUGAACAUUGCCUUUGAGCGAGCCAAGGCAAUUGAAGGUCUCAAGCCCGUUCAAGGCCGUUACUCAUCCGAGGCUAUCGGUGAAUUGGGCACUAUCAUCCAUGAGACCACCCGAUAUUUAGCACAGACCUAUGGCCUCUCUCAGGAUGCCGUGGAUAACGGAUUGCCUUUGAUCGAUACGAGGCGGACUGUCAUUCAGAAUUAUUGCCCACCGUUCCUCAUGACCCCCAAGUGCCAGAUUGAACGCUAUCGGUCCAUUGAGGGUCUUUGUAACAACAUUGAACAACCUCAUUGGGGUGCUUCUAUGCAUGGGCAUGCCCGAUUUCUACCCCCCAAGUAUGCAGAUGGAAUCAGUGCCCCACGCGCCUCCGUAACCGGACAGCCCUUACCAUCGGCACGCUUGGUCUCCACCACUGUCCAUCAAUUCGAAAGUGCUCAUGACAAGGCUGUGACCAUGCUUCUGGUCGCUUGGGGUCAGUACAUUGAUCACGAUAUCACCUUAAGCGCUGAAAUCAAGGAUCCCGUAACAAAGAAAACGCCUCGUUGUUGCAAUGGUGUCCAAUUGAAGGAAUGUCUUCCCAUUGAAAUCCCUCCCCAUGAUCCAUUUUACUCUAAGUACAAUCAAAAAUGUAUGAAUUUCGUCCGAUUCUCGGCCGGACUCCGACGGCAUUGUCGUUUGGGACCCAGAGAGAGUUUUAACUUAGUCACCUCGACCUUAGAUGCCGGCACCACCUAUUCAAACAGUGCUGAAAAAUUACAUGAACUUCGAAGCUUUGAGGGUGGACAACUAAAAAUGUUGCCGUUUUUUGAACGAUUCGGCAUGAGGGAGCUCUUGCCAUUGAACCUGAAAGAACCCGAUGAAGGCUGUAUUCGGCCAAGUCAAGAUAUCUAUUGCUUCUUGUCGGGAGAUCCUCGCGUCAAUGAACAAACCAUUCUAGCCAUGCUUCAUACAAUCUUUGCCAGAGAGCACAACCGCAUUGCCAAAGAACUCGCAAAGGUCAAUCCUCAUUGGGGUGACGAGACCCUUUUCCAAGAGGCAAGACAUAUUGUGGCUGCUCUUCAACAGCAAUUUACCUAUAAUGAAUUCUUACCCAUGGUCCUUGGAAGUGAAGGCAUGAAAAAGCACGGACUUCAACUCCUGGAUACUGGUUACUUUGACGGAUACGACCCGAAAGUGAAUCCCAGUGUGACCACGGCCUUCACCACUGCUGUGUUCCGAUUCGGUCACUCGCUUUUGCCCUCUAGAAUUGAGAGAUGGAGUAAGACCCAUCGUUUCGUGGACCACCAGAAACUCAGCACCAUGUUACUUCAGCCUUACGAUCUGUACAAGCAAGGCUGGGGUGACGGCUAUCUUCUCGGGAUGACCAACCAAGUGGCGCAAGCUAUGGACGAUUCCAUGACCACUGAAGUGCAAAACCAUUUGUUCCAACCUCCAGGAAAGGAAUUCGGUCUCGAUUUGCUGGCUCUCAACUUGCAACGAGCUCGCGAACAUGGUGUUCCUUCCUAUACGGAUUUCAGGGACCUCUGCGGCCUUCCUCCCGUAGUCACCUUUGAUGACUUAAGGAGCUACUUGCCCAACAAAACCGUUAACGCUUACAAACAAGUCUACGCCAGUCCUCAAGAUAUUGAAUUGUUCUCCGCCGGUAUCUCCGAAUGGCCUAUCCAAGGUUCUAUGCUCGGUCCCACUUUCUCUUGUCUCAUGGGACGGCAGUUCAACAAGUUCCGCUACGGUGAUCGCUUCUGGUAUGAAAACAGUGGUUGGCCCAGUAGUUUCACAUUGGAGCAACUGCAAGAAAUCCGCAAGGUUCGCUUAUCUCGACUGAUUUGCGACAAUGGUGAUGACAUCGAAAGCGUCCAAGUUUAUGCUAUGGUCUUACCGGACCAUGAUAUAAAUCCCCGUGUGCCAUGCAAGAGUGGAAUUCUCCGGAGUAUCGACUUCUCAAAAUGGCGUGAUGCGACUUUCCACUCGUCCCCUAAUGGGCCAUUCUAGUUCAAAUAGAACCCGCUAACCAGGAGAGGGUGAAACGCUACAAUUACAAAGUAUAUAUUUAUUCACGUAAAUUAUAUAACACUCGUUUUGCUCAAAAUGCAAUGCUAUCCGAACUUGACGGCAUUCAUAAAAUAAACUUUUUUUGUUUA